UUCUUUCUUUCUUUCUCUUCUUGCUUUAUCCCAGUAAGUGUUUAGAUGUUGACAAACUAUGUUGAAGACAAGAAGAGGAGUUUGGAUUUUUUUUGCUUCUGAUUUCAGUUAAUUAGUUUACUAUUACUGUAUUUCUGAACUGUGGUUUAUCUUAACUAUAGUUUGUUGAAACUUUCUUGCUUGCUUGCUGGAUCCCAGUAAACAAUAAACAUGGAGGAAAAUUAACAUGAUCCAAAGUUAUUGCUCUUUCACAUGUUAGAUUGCUCCUUGACUGUGCAUGUGAAUUCAGUUUAUUUUACUUGAUGAAGAAAGAUAGAAGAAUGACCAAUUUCUCCAUUUCAGGCCUGAGCGGGGGUUUUUUUGGGGGGGGGAUUCCCCUCUCAGAAAAAGGAAAAGAAGAGAGAGUUCAGUCUUCCUGGCUCGUAGCAUCACUAUUUCAUUAGUCAUUGAUAGAUAUGGGAUUAAAUUACCAUUGACCAGUAUGGCUGAUGUUCUUAGAUCCAGUAAGAACACUGGAGUAUUUGAACAGAGUAUUUGAACACUUGCAUUUGUUUGGAGGUUAUUCAUUUUCAGCUUUUAUAAUUUCUAAAGUACAUUCCAGUUCUUUUCAUAGUUAUCAUCACAGCAAACCUAUGAGGGAAGUUAUUCUUCUAGAUUUGCAGAAGAGAGCUGGGGGCUUAAUGUCUUGCAAGGAAAGUCACAGAACAAAUCCAUGACUUAGUCAAGAUAAGAACACUAUUUUCCUGAUUUGCAAUUCAACGUUCUGUAUCUGUGCAGGGGUAGCCAUGAUGGUGCCCUUCAGAAGUGGUUGGACUCAACAGGCAAACUGAAAAUUGAUGCAGAAGUCUUUUUCUUUGUCAGAGUUAAGUCAACCUGAGAAGUUGUCUGAGAAGUUCAAAUGGUAAAUGUUACUGGCUACCUAUCUUCAUGCCAGAAUUAUUAGCCAACUAUAUUUUAUUGUGUCAAGCAUCGAGUGAAUAACAGUUCUAUUUGAAGCACCACAGACGUGCUGAAAUUUGCUUUGGCAGAUAACAGUCUCAUCAUCUGACCCUGGGUAGCAUGAGCCGUAAGCAGCAAAGUCCUAGGCCAGUUGCUGAAGAUCAAGGUUGCCAGCUUUUUAAAUGGCUCUGCAGUUGUGCCUUUAACAGCUGCUUGAUACAUAGGCAUUAAGAAGGUAAUGAUCUUCUGCCCUGUUCAUGUACUUACAUGCACAACCUAAGUGUGCAAAGCAAGGAGCUUUUAGGCUCUCCCAACCUAACUGCCCACCCAAUAACUUCAUGUGACAUGUGGAUAUGUGAAAAGAAAGCCCCUGUGAGCUCCUGCUCACAUGCAAUCAGUUUGGGAAGACCCCUGGGAUCAUUACCGUCAUUGGAGGCCUGAGUGGAUUUCUGGAUCCAUUCAUUUUGCCUCAGGCAGAAGUGGCCUCAUUGGUGCAGAGUGCCUUCCAUCAGCUUUGGCUGAUCUGUCAGUUGCAACCCUACCUGGCCAGGGAUAGUCUAGUUUAAGUUGUCUGUGCUCUGAUAAUCUCUAGAUUAGAUUACCUCAAUGGCAGUUCAGAAACUCCAGCUAGUGCAGAAUUCAGGGGCCAGAUUGUUGACCGCUUUCAUCAUCUGACACUCUUCUUCAUGUGCCCCCUCUGAGGGAGCUUUAGAGGGUAGCAACAUGAGAUUGGGCCAUCUCUGUGGUAGCUUUUCAACUGAAGCAUAUUCCCCACAGAGAUGCAUGAAGAAGUCCCCAUUCACCCAGACAUUUCACUCUUAAUUGGUUUUCAUCUUUUAGUUAGGUGGGGUUGGAUGUGCCCUUUUCAUAUUAUUGCAAUGUUUUCAGUUCAUAACUUUUUUAUUUAAAACACACACACACACACGUAUUGUAUUCUUUUUUAAUAUAUAUAUUUUGAGGCAACAAAUAAAUAUUUUAAUUGAUCAUUAAGCGAUAAGAUAACAAAUCCAAGGCAACAAUUCCACCGAAAGCAAUAAAUCUGGUAGAAACAUUUACAUCCAUUUAUAGGUCAAGGAACAGUUGCUAUGAAUUGCUAUCCAUAAUACCCAAAUAAAUCAUUUUCAAAAUUGAAAAUGAAACCAUAAUUGUGUAGGUCUCACAUAAUGGAAUAAUUCUCCAUACAAAAGCAUAAGAAUAAAGUAACCCCGGAAAUUAAACUUUAUGUCAGAGGAAAGAGUUCUGGACUACCCUUAUCCCUGAUGCUCUUGUUUUCUAUGUGUAGGAUUAUUUGUUGGUUUGUAUGGAGCAAUAUUUAAUUUUAUAUGCUCUCCCUCCCCCACCCUGCCAGCAAUCCAAAGUGGUAGAUCUCAGAGCUUUUGGAUUGCCACCACAGUAAGAACAAAACCUUCAUCAGUAAAUGAAUGGAUUUUUUUAUAAAAACAAAACAAAAACAAAAUAAAAAGACCCAGGCCUGAUAUUCAUUUUUGUCUCUGUCAGUCCAAGAGCUGAAUCAGUUAGAAAGGUGUGGUUAAAUGUUUUUGGAGUUCGUGUAGAUUGUGUCCUUAUUUAUCCUGCUGUGACCUCAUGAUGCCACACAUGGCCUCUUAGAAGUGGGACAAGGAUUAUUGCUAUUCCCUCUAGAAGUGCUCCUCUGUCACUUUCAAGCUGUUGAGAAUGCUCACCGUCUCAAACAAGAGUACAUCCAGCUUAACAAAUUAGCUGCAGACGUUUUGAAGCAAGGGUUUGAUUUUUAGACAACACUGCAGCAUUCAAAGGCAUAUAACAAUGUGGAUCUGGGAUGUUUUCAAGAUGCCGUCUUUGAACUUCAUUUUGGCAAGCAAGUGAACCCAAGCACACCAUGUUCCCUUUAUGAAUCUCUUCAUUGUAUAUGAGAUAAGCAAGUGAUCAAGCCUUUGGCAUAGCAAAAGCCUGCGCUCACCCACCAUGAUUUUAUUUUAUUUUAUUGUAAAGCAGACAUAAGACUUUACAGUCUUCCGUAUCUCCUAUCUCUACCCACUGCUCCUAACGUCUUGUUUUCAGAUACAAGAAAGGAAUAUCAUUUGUUUUAUUGUACUGCCGAUUUUAUCAGAUGUAUUACAACAUGGAGCAUCACAUGCUAAGGUCCCGAACCAAAGGACUUCAGGGAAGUCAAAAGGUCAUUAUGUUUGGUCUUCCACAGCUCUGUCAAUCUACACCAGUUUGUUUUAUUUAAUUGUUACUUGCUGGGGACAGCAGGAGGGCAAUAUACCCACAAAAUAGGAGGAUUUUAAGGCGAUGUACACACUCUCAUUUACUCUGUAUCCAGUGCAGUCCCACUACUAGUUUGAGAAGUGAUGUACAUACAACAUUAGCCACAAUCCAUGUCUAUCCUGUAUCUCUGCAGUUGUUUCUUAGAAAAUAGUGUGCUUAGAUGCACUAGCUCCAACCCAAUUUGAGAAAAAGGACGCCUGAAUUAUGCUUUAAGCUGGUAAUGUGUACAUAGUCUUUGUGUGAGUGAUGUUACAGGGGAACCAGAUACAUACGUUGUAAACCCUGAACCAAAAGAAAACUGAUUAUUUUACGUAUCCACUUGACUGUGCUUUCUAUGUAUGAGAAGCACAGUAACGAAUCCACAUGGAAUCGGUGCUUUCGGGCUGAUCUGCUCCAGCUGUAUAGCGAUUUUCCUGUUUUGCAUUAGUAGAAGCCAUGCUUCUUAAAAUCUUGAAGCUCAUUUUUCAUAUCAAAAUUGCCACUUAAUGUAAAUUAUUGUGAUACUUUGGGUAUUCUGUGCAUUGGCGCACAACUCCUGGGUAGAUGGUGCUGUGUUCUCUGGCGAGCAAAGCAUGCUGCUGUUUGUUGUGAGCGACGUAUAUUACAAAUGUGCUAUUUAAAGAAAAAAUGGAGGAAACGGGAAGUUGACGUAAAUACCUACAUUUCGACAGAACUAUAUUUAGUUCCUGUGAAACUAAAAAUAUUUUGGUGUAUUGUUCUGGUCAGGUCAGGUCACAUGGGUUGGACAAUGCAGUUACGUUGUUAGUUGUCUGGCUUCCUCCUAUUGGCAACUUUGUUUUGCUAGAUUACAAGGAAUAAGGAAGUUGGAGGUCAUUUAGCAAAAUUUCUGGUACACCUCGAUGGGGAGGGCGGGGAGUAAUAGGCCUGGUUUGAUUUAGGCUUUUUGAAUUAUAUGUUAAAUCUGGCAGUGAUUAUGUAACAUUAGGUUGUGACAUAUCAUAUUGUUCAUCUUCAUCCUGAGCAUCCAGACAAAACAUGGUGCAUUUUUAAUAGCAAAGGCUUAUAGCGAGCAAGCUUUUAUUAUGGCAUUCUGAAAUAUUUUCUAUGCCUUGAUGGUAUAUCAUCUUUGGAUACAAGUCAAUAAAGAUAUGCGCUCAUCUGUUUUGAUUCACAGUUGCAAAAGAGCUAUGCUUCUGAUUUGUGAAUAUGGACAUUUUGAUUAAAUUUAUUGUAUGUGCAUCUGGCAGCCCAUAAUUGCAUUGAACCAAACUAUCUUUAAAAACACUGAAACCUCAGAUCAUUUGUGAAAAUAAUCAUUUGGAACAUAAAACACAGUUCUGCCAUGCCAGCUUGUUUCUUCAACACCCCUUGCCCCCCGCUUCCCCACACUCAGGAAUGGCAGCUUGAGGAUAUGGAUCAUUCCCCACAUGCGCUGUUUUAGGUUCCCUGCUUCUCAUGUCUGUGUGUAUCUAUAGGUUGUAUACAGUGUGAUUGCCCAGGGAUGGUUACCAGAAUAUUGGGACUGUCCCUUAAUACAGACUAUUCGAUCAUAUGCGUGAAACGGUGAAUGGCCCAGGCUCUGCCCCCAAAAGUGUUGCGUUAUGGUUUUGGGGAUGAGUGUUAAUGAUCUCUCACGGUCCCCAGCUCAGUGGUUCUGACUGUAAAAAAACAACCCAGGAUUAGCAACUGACAAGAGUACAUAGGAACUGGCCUGACAAGAUAUAUUCCCGAGCAUGCCCUGUUUUAACCGAAGAUUUUCAACUGAGCUGCUGUUCGUUCAUGGGAAAGAAAGAUGGUGGGGAUCGGGUAACUCAUUUUUGUCUGUUGUCUGGCUUGGGGAAGGGGGCAAGCUAGGUUGCAAUUUGUGUCCCCAAAUUGGGCCCAGAUUUGCUGGAAGUGUCCCUCCUAUGAACCUAAUGGGAGAGGAGGGCCUUUUGGGGGUAGGGAGCCCUCUCCUUGCUGAGUAAUCAGGGUAGACAGAGCAGGAUUCACAUCCCUGACAUAAAGUCUUUCUGUCUGGGGAGAGGAGGGAGACAAUGAGUCACUGAGGCUUCCAAGAGUUGUCAACCUUUGGGGGCCCAAAGCUAUUGUGGGCACCGCACACACCACACAACCAAGGCUGUUUGCGACAAUAGAAUGCUUCUUUCAAGCAUAAUUUCAAUGGGAGAGGUGGACCCAGUGGGCACCAGGAAUGGGAAUAAGCCCCAUAGAACAAAACAGGGUUUGCUUUUGAUCCUGGGUGGGUAGACAUGUAUAGGAUUAUGCAGCAAGGAUCCUUGUCACCUUGCCCUCUGAAUGCAGAGACCAGGAUCAAUGGCAGAAACAAACAGGCUUUUAGGUAAGCUAUCAAUAUCCUUCUGGAAUUAUGCAUGUAUCCCCCACCUUUCUUCUCAGUUGCUCAGAACCAUGUACUGUACAUUGUUCUCUCCCCACCUCCCCCAUUUUAUCCUUCUAGCCACCCUGCAAAAUCAGAUAAGCUAAGAUGGUAACCAGCCCAAGGUGAGCCUCGUGGCUGAGUAGGAAUUGGAAUUUGGGUCUCCCUUUUUCUACUCCAACCCCUGCACCAGGGGUAAUCAACGUGGUAUCCUUCAGCUGUUUCAGACUGCGGCUCUCAUCAUCUCUGAUCUAUACUGAUAGCAGCUGGUGAAACUUGCAGAUCAGGCAUCUAGAGGACUGUCUCAUCUUGAAUACAGGCAAUGACCAAUUUGCACUGGGGUUACAGUCCUGUUAUGCCCCGUUGUGCCUCCACUCCGCCCCCUCUUCUGCUCCCUUUUCCAGCUACUUCUCGGUCACCGGGAUCCGCACAUGCGCAGUCACACGUCAGUUGGUCAUUGCCUAUAUAUUGACAAUAUCCUAAAAUGUCUUUAUGUCUUAUUCCCAGCACAGGUUAAUAAGCAUGUGUGAAAAGAAAAGGACCUGAUAUUCUUUCAAGAUGCUGGAAUUUUAUUCACCUACCUGAACUUCACAGUGUUAUAUUUAAGAACAUGGCAGUACUCAGUGGUGGGAUGGGAAUAAAGGCAGCUUUUGACUUAUGGUGUCUAGCACUUUACAGUACAUGACCAAGCUGAGUCUGACCUUGUUGGCAUCACCUGAGUAAUCUUUGCAUAGGGAUGAACAGUUCUUUGAACAGUUUCUAAUGCCUAUUGAACAAAAGGUUUUCCCUUCAGUCUAGUGCAUAUCUUUUUCUUCAUUUUUUUGUAUAAAUGUAAAGAAAUGACUACUGGCAAAAUCAUGCUUUCUACUUCCCCUGUAGUUUCUUUUCUCGUGCAUGGUGUCUUGAACUUCCACAGAGCUCAGAUGCGGGGAAUAGAUCCAUAUAAAUAUUUUGAGUUUACAUAUCAUCAAUUUAACACAUGGGGAAUGGUUGCAGCUUGGAGGGUGAGCACAAGUUUGUGUACAAAUGGCCCCACAUUCAACCCCUGACAACUAUUAUUAUUAUUAUUAUUAUUAUUAUUGAAUUUCUAACUUGCUGUUCCUCCUAAAGGAGCCCAGGGCAGCAGACAACAAAGUAAUAAAACAAAUGAAUAUCUAGAGAGCAAUUGAAAAACUGUUACGGGCAUUUAAAACAUACCUUAAAAUAUAUUUAGGGACAGACACACAUUAUUGCUUUCAGGGUUGUCAGGAACCUUUCAGCUAUCAAAUGCCUGGGUGAAGAGGAAUGUUUUAAAAUUCCUCUUGGAUUUUAAGAAAAGUAGAGAUUGGAAGGAGUUUUGCCUGGAACCCUGGUGAGCCACUGCUUGUCAGUGUAGACCAGUGUCUCCAGCUGGUUUUGGACUACAACUCCCAUCACCCUUAGCUAGCAGGACCAGUAGUCAGGGAUGAUGGGAAUUGUGGUUCUAAAAACAGCUGGAGACCCAAGCUUGGGAAAUACUGAUGUAGACAGUAGUGAGAUAGAUAGACCAAUAUUGUGACAUGGUAUAAGGCAGCUUUCUAUGUUUGGUAUUUUAGGUACUUCAUCAAAGUAAGUUGUGCCUUACUCAAGAACGCUGUGAUAUAAUUUUUUCAUACGGUUGGAGGAAAACCUGAGAAAGAAUGAGUUAAAAGCAAGGGGCUUUUUUUCUCACCUGAUUUUAGUUGAUCAGGUAGCAAUGCUACUGUUGGUACCUCUUUCUGAGCAUGUCAGAAUGGAUGGAGUUCAUGUGUCACAGUAAAGGCAGUACAAGAGAGCAAACACCGAUGUGUGGGUGAAGAAACACUCUGGAAUAGAAAACACUACUCAUGACAACAAUCCCAAAGCAAUAUUAUUUUUUUAGGAUAAUUCAUAAUCAUUAAUCUGGGACCCUGACGCUGUAAAGAUUUUCAGAUUAAUAUAACUUAAUCAAAGAGUGUCACAAGUUUACAAAAGUGAGCAUUUUAUAUAUUGUACAGAUGUUGUUGACACUCAUCUUUCUCGGGAGACAAUGGAGGAGUGUACCUUUAGGGGGUCACAGAUUGCAGUGGCUGUAGAGACCAAUAUGGGAGAGGCAUGUUUUGUUGCAGCUGGGGCAGAUAAAGGCAUUUGGUUGUGCUGCUGCAAAUGCACCAUGGGGUUUCUUCUAUUUCAGUUAGAAUUUUAUUUGAUCCAACAUGUGCAAAGGAUAUAGCAACUAGGGAUGGAAGGGUCUAGGAGUUUUGGUUCUCUCAGUUUCUCAAAAAAAACCACCUCCCCAACUUCAAUACACUUCUCCACAUUUUGCAGCAGUUAAUGCUUAAAAUAAAAUAAAAAACCACCCAUGAACAAUCACCAACAUUUUGAAGUGAAUUUCUCCCAAUAAACACAUUUUAGAUGCAGUUUUGAUUAAUGUACACAUUUUUGCAAAUAAUUUUCCCUAAUGCAAUUUUGUAUUUCUUUUUCACUAAUGUCUUUACCUGUGUGCUCCAUCCCCCCCCCCACUAUAUUCAUUCUUGUAAAUAUUGGUUGGAGGACUGCAAAAUUUUGAUAUGUAUGAAUUUUGAAGACUAGCUGUCUUUCCGAAAGUUCAGAUACAAACUGAAUUGAAUCUCUCCUCUUUCUGUCAAGCAAUAGUGUAUAAUUUAUGUGCAUUGUGCUCCUUUGUGGUCAAAUGCUUGGCAGUGAACCCAUUCAUGUGACUGCACACAGUUUUGGGCCAGGGAGGCACCACAGUACACGUGCAUGAAUGCAAAAGUCAGAACAGAGCCUUAAUGCUAUAAUCCAAUCAAGAGGAUCUGCUGCUAUCAUAAUCUCAGACUGAGUGGUUCAUAAUCAGCAGCUGAGACUGGGAAUGAAUUGCAGCCCUUAGCAACAUAUUUACUCAAGGGUUACGCUUAAGAAGAUAUUCAAAACAUAUGUUAGGUUUAUUGGUGAGGACAAUGUCAGGAUGUGUUUUCUCCUUUUGCUCGUACAUCAUUGGCUGAGUGAAGUGAGGCCAUCAGUUUAACUCAGUGGUGUAUCGUUCUGUUUAAAUCUGUUUGCCAGUCCAUAAUGCGAUAACACCAUUGAAUACUGGCAUAUCAGAAUGAAAUUUGGUAUGUACCUUAAGGGCAACUGUUAUUUGCUUCAGAUUGGAAUGCCAGCUGGAUCCUUGCACCCAUUUUCAGAGGAUGCGGGGAUAAAAUGCAAACUAUAACACACUGUGAUAUGUGCCUUGGAGACAAUGAUAUCAGAAUGAAAGUUGGUACAUACAUUCAGGGCAACUUACUGCCUUUCAAAUAUGAACCUUUCCCACAUCUACGAUAGAAUUUUUAAGGUGAUUUAACCAUAACUGUACCCUGUAUUCAAAGUAUGGUAGGACCAUAGAUUUGUGGAAUGGCAAUAUUAUAUUGGCCAUUUUAUUUUCAGUCCCUUUCUGAAUGAUUGCUAGAAUUCACCUUUUUCACACAGGGUCGACAUCUUAAUCAAUCUAUCCACUGCAACCCCAGCAUCUCUUGACUUAGUGUGUAUGUGAAAUUAGGAUUAUUUUGCCCCGAUGUGCAUCAUUUUACACUUGUUUACACUGAAUUUAUUUGCCAUCUUUGCUGCCCAUCCACUCAGUUUCGAGCAAUUGUUUUGGAGUUCCUCGCAACUCCUUUUUUUUUUGUUUUAACCACCCUGAACACUCUGGUAUCAUUAGCCAGCUUGACUGCCACACUGCUCAGCCCUAACUGUGGAUCAUUUGUGAACUAUUUAAAAAUCAAAGGUCCCAAUUCCUUGGGGAAAAGGAAACUGAAAUGACAGAUUUGCAAUAUUGCAUAUUGAUAACAUGUUACGUUCUAUGAGUAUGCAUCUGUGAAGGCGCAAUACAGCUUCAUUCAUUUAGGUUACGUACUAGAACUUGCUUUGUAAUACUGUAACAAACGUAAUAUACAUAGGGUGGAAGUGAAAGUUGCACUGAUGCAAUCAUCCCAUCACUGCAAGUGUUUCUACUUGCAGAUAGAACCAUCUCUGCCCUCCUUCUUCCAUGUACUGUUCUGGGGAUACUCCUGAGCCUCCAGAACAGAUUUGGGGGAAACUCCAGGGAGUGCAGUGAGAGGAGAGUGGGGAGAACCCUUCUUGUGCUAGCAUGAGGUCUUUUGCCGGCUUCCGCUAGUUCUUCAAAGCAAUCACUUGGAGCCUUAGAAGCGACUUUAUUCCAGAGCACACUGCUAUUACUUUUACUAGUAAACAUUUAUGUAAUGCUAGCAUAUUUUGUUUAAUUUCAGUUUGGAUCAAUCUUUUGGAGUGAAUGGCAUUCCAGCUGCAGAAGUGCUCUUUGGAUUCAGUCCUUUGUUGCCAGGUUCCAUUUUGGACAGGCGACUCACCCCUUUACAUCCACCAAGCUUGGGGCAAAUUCUGCUGCUGCAGUUUGGGAGCUGUUCCAUCCCAUGGAGCUGCAGCCAAUAACAUACAUUAAUAACCAUCAUAAUUAUGGGUGCAUAGGCUUUUGUCCAAAUGGAGUCUGGCAAUCUUACUUGAGCUGUGAAAAUUGAAGAUAAAAUUUCAAUACUUAUUUCAGUAAAAACCUUAGCAUUGGCAGCAAGCAUUAAAGUUCAAGUCAGUAUCAGCAAUUGGCAACAGUUGGUUGCAUCUCAGCCUGGGAGGGGGAUUUGCCCUUGAAAGGGUUGUAAACAGCACUAGGCACAUGUUUGUGAUCAGGUCUCCUCUUUAUCUGAACUGCAUUUUUUUUGUCUUGAUAGACACCAUAGAAAGGAUGUUUUCUCCCCCUCCUUAGCAUGGCAAUGUUUUAUUUAGGGUUUUACAGUGCUAUACCACACAUCUGUGUCUGAUUUAUGGGAUGAAGAAAAAAGGAAAACAGAUUAUUUUUCCCCAAGCCACAUCUACACCUUCUUUUCUCUUUGCAUCAGAUUAAUGAGCAAGUGCUCAUACGACAUACUGGAAGUUGGGACUUUCAUGAGCUACCAAUAAUGUCUGCAUAGCUGUCUUCUAGUUUCGCCAUGAUUACUUCUUGUAAUGUGGGCAAGAAUGUUUAAAAUUCAAGGGACAGACUAGUCUGGAAAAUCAUAUUGCUUUUGUUUCAGACUUCGCAGGUCAAGACAGAUACCUUUGCAUUCGAAAUAGCUAUAACACUGUGAUAUAAUGCAGCCAUAUUUCUUUCUUUGUGUCACAUGCACAUACUUGGAUAAUUUCCCCCCACUUUCAGUAGUCCAGUAGACAAAUGUACAUCAACCUUCAACAGACAUAUCAAAGAUCUAUGCAUUAUUUUUACUUUGUGGCUCAGUCAGUUGGCUUUAUAAGGUUCCUGCCAGGAAUAACAAUUCAGCAUAUAGGUUUCUGAGAUGUUAGAUAACAGACUUAAUAUUUAGCCACAAUUAUUCUUAAAUAAUAGUACUUGACAUUGGUAUGGAACUUCAAAGGGCUUCACAUAAAUAGUGAUCCUUCCAAUAAUGCUGUAAGGUAGGCCAGUAUUGUUAUCCUCCAUACGGAGCCUGAGAGAAUGGUUGGCUUAAGGCAGAGGCAAGUUUGGGACCAGGGACCUCUUCUUGAAUCAUAGCUUAGUCUCUUAGAACAUUAAGAGGACCUUGACAAUGUGUGGUAGGGUUGUUUGCUGUAAUGUCUGUAAAAAUGCACUUUAGUGUUUCUUCAUUCUCUUGCCUUGUAACAUUAACAAAAAGUUUAGUUGAAACCAGCGAAUUUACGCUUCCUCUUAGUCUGUUUAUGCCUUGCUUUGAUGUAUGUGUUCCUCCUUGCUAUGUAGCCAUUGGCCUCUUUAAGAAUGUAACCAUGAUUUGUGAUUUCAGAACAGAAAGUAAAACUUACUGUACCGAGUACCUUUGAAGGAAAAGCUUCUUCUAUAGUGAACACAACAGGCUAUAUCCAGUGGUGUUAUUUUCGGAUGGCUCUUUGAUCUAGUGGAGGCUUCCAUGAAUGGAAGGGGGGGAAGAAUAUUUUUUUUUUUGCUGAUUCCCCCUUCCCCCAGGGGACUCGGGGUUCCCUCAGAAUAUCACUGGAAGUGUUGUGAGAGGGAAAACCUGUCCAAAAUUGCUCCCCUCUCUGUCCAUUCACAAUUAGAUUAAACCUGUCAUAGAAAUCAUAGACAAAUCACAGUUCAUGCAUCUGUACACACAUUGUGUUUGCAUAAACUGUGAUUUGACUACACAUUGAAUUAGUCAGUUAGAGCACAUGGAGUAUUCCUAUGGUGUCAUGCGUUUAAAAGGUUGUCUGAAUUUGCCUUGGUUUGUGCAAAACAUCAGCAAGGUAAAGUGCAGGGUGAUUAUGUUUUAUUGUGAUGGGAAAUGAUCUGAGGAAACCCAGCCAUGCAAACACAUUUGCAACUUCCCCCAGCAAUUCUGCAAAUGCCACCAGGACCAUCAUUUUCUAAAAAGUAGUAAUCAUUCUCCACAAAAUCAUUCAAAAAUGGGAAUAUAUGAACGAUUGCUUCCUGUGAGUGUCAGGCUGUACUACAGAGUGUAGUCUAUGGCAAAUAAUUUCUGCAUUCAGCACUUUGUGUUAAUUGAUCUAUGUUUCUAUGGUUUAAUAAGCAUAUAUAGGCUUUUCUGCUACUCCCCAAGCAAGAAUGAAAUGUGUUAUGAACUGAAACUCGCUUCUGUUUCUUAUAAAUCUUGUCAUUGCAGAAUAAGAACUGAACAUAGACCUGGAGUAUGGCAUUGCCUGCUAUGCAAACAUGAACACACCACAGUUUCUGGCAUGGAUAAUUAACAUUUUAAAGAGGCAUUUGCACAACCAAUUACACCAGUGUAAGUUCCACUAAAGUCAAUGGGAUUAUAACAGUGUAAGCAGUCAUUGAAUCCCUCCCACCCCCAGUAAUUGCUCUGCCCUGGACCUGAUUGGAUCAUGUCAGGAGCUCAUGUGGAUUCAGGGAGGCAGAAAGUCUCUCUUUCUCCUUAACAUGGUUUGGCCAUAUGUCACACAGUUUAAGUAGUAUGUGAGGCCUUUUAAUUAAGGCUGACAGGUCUUUAAAUGGACAAAUCUAUAGACUGGACUUGGCCAAACUAAUCUUCCCUCCUACGUUCUUCUCUUGAAUUCUGCAUAUCUAGGUUCUGUUGUGUGCUGUGCCUAAUAAAUCCCCCCCCACUUUUCUCUUUCUCUUCAUCAUUUGUUGAUUUUUUUGUGAGUAUCCUUUAUUUCAUUCUGCAAAUCAUUCCUCCAGUGCUGUGCACACUGUAGCCUUUGUAUCAGAUAGCUCAGUGAGAAGAGUACAAGGCUCUUCAUCUCAUGGUGGUGGGUUUAAGCCCUACGUUUGACAAAAGAUACCUGCAUUGCUGGGGUUGGACUAGAUGGCUUUUGUGAUCCCUUACAGCUCUACAAUUCUAUGAUUCUAAGAAGCCUUGCCAUUUCCUGCAAACCCCAUGAUAUCUGCGACUAACUGUGCAAUCUAUGCCUGGCUUUGUUCAAUGAAGCUUACUCCCAUGUAAGUGUGCAUAGGAUUUCAGUCUUAAUCACAUGGGCACCCCAACUCACUUUCUCCCAUUUUACACAUCUUUUUAUUACUGAGAAGGUUACUGAAGUGUUCAUGGCACUGCGUGGGCACAAGUAUUUGCAGGAACAGGGGUGUGGCUGAACUGGAACUGAUAUGUGACUGAUGAAAUAGGAAGGGAUAAACAGUAUGAUAUGAUCUUCAAGGGAAUGAAUUUCAUACAUGCACAUCCGAUAUAAAUAGAAGUGAUAUACAGUUCAAGUACUUGAGCAGAAGAAAACACCUCUUCCAUAAUGGGCACUCUUUUAUGUAUUUACUUAUUGACUUGUUCGAUUAAAAUUGGACCUUGCCCUCCUCCUCAUGGCACACAUGGAGUUAGUUCCCUUGGUGGACACAGAUGACAUCUGCAAAUUUCUCAGGAACGGAUGCAGGGGUCUGUGAAUUGAAUCGCGUAAGUGCUGAAGAAGGAUUCUUGGUUUGAGGAAACAGGAAAGAGGAAGGAAAGAGAAGAAGAAAAUACACGAGCGUAGGAACGAACGAGAGAAGAAAAACGGGGACUAUGGGGAGAAAAAAGAUUCAGAUCACGAGGAUUAUGGAUGAACGUAACAGGCAGGUGACAUUUACGAAGAGGAAAUUUGGGUUAAUGAAGAAAGCUUACGAGUUGAGUGUUCUCUGUGACUGUGAGAUUGCUCUGAUAAUCUUCAAUAGCACCAACAAACUGUUUCAGUAUGCCAGCACUGAUAUGGACAAGGUGUUGCUGAAGUAUACAGAGUACAAUGAGCCACACGAGAGUCGAACGAAUUCAGAUAUUGUUGAGACGUUGAGGAAAAAAGGACUUAAUGGCUGUGACAGCCCAGACCCCGAUGCAGAUGAUUCAGCAUUGAACAAGAAAGAAAACAAAGGUUGUGAAAGCCCCGAUCCCGACUCCUCUUAUGCCCUCACCCCACGCACUGAAGAAAAAUACAAAAAAAUUAAUGAAGAAUUUGAUAAUAUGAUCAAGAGCCAUAAAAUUCCUGCUGUUCCACCACCUAACUUUGAGAUGCCAGUUUCUAUCCCAGUGUCCAACCACAACAGCUUGGUAUACAGCAACCCUGUAAGCUCAUUGGGUAACCACAACCUGUUGCCUCUGGCCCACCCUUCCUUACAGCGGAAUAGCAUGUCUCCUGGUGUGACACACCGGCCACCGAGUGCAGGAAACACAGGUGGCCUGAUGGGUGGGGACCUCACAACCGGUGCAGGCACCAGUGCAGGGAACGGGUAUGGCAACCCCCGAAACUCACCAGGUCUGCUGGUCUCACCUGGCAACAUGAACAAGAAUAUGCAAGCAAAGUCUCCUCCUCCCAUGAACUUGGGAAUGAACAACCGUAAACCAGAUCUCCGAGUGCUGAUUCCACCAGGCAGCAAGAACACGAUGCCAUCUGUGAAUCAGAGGAUAAAUAACUCUCAGUCUGCUCAGUCAUUGGCUACCCCAGUGGUUUCCGUGGCAACUCCUACUUUGCCAGGGCAAGGGAUGGGAGGAUACCCAUCAGCCAUUUCAACAACAUAUGGUACCGAAUACUCACUCAGCAGUGCAGAUUUGUCAUCGCUCUCUGGCUUUAACACUGCCAGCGCUCUCCACCUGGGCUCAGUAACCGGCUGGCAACAACAACACCUACAUAACAUGCCACCAUCUGCCCUCAGUCAGUUGGGAGCUUGCACUAGCACUCAUUUAUCUCAGAAUGCAAAUCUCUCCCUGCCUUCUACUCAAAGCCUCAACAUCAAGUCAGAACCUGUUUCUCCUCCUAGAGACCGUACCACCACACCUUCGAGAUACCCACAGCACACGCGCCACGAGGCGGGAAGAUCCCCUGUUGACAGCUUGAGCAGUUGCAGUAGUUCGUAUGACGGAAGCGAUAGAGAGGAUCACCGGAACGAAUUCCACUCUCCCAUUGGACUCACCAGACCUUCGCCGGACGAAAGGGAAAGCCCCUCUGUGAAACGCAUGAGGCUGUCUGAAGGAUGGGCAACAUGAUAACAUUAUUAGCUAUUAGGGUUUUUUUUUCCUUGCAGUGUGUGUGUGUGUGCGUGCGUGUGCUAUACCUUAAUGGGAAAG